AAAUGGCCGCUAUAACGCAAGACCCACAAAAUAAACCCUAACCAAGGAUGUCAUAACAACAAAUCAAAUGAAUUCACAAGAAAAUAAAAGGGAAACAUAAUAAAGACAUGGGUGUACAAAGGUGAUAUUCACAGAAAAUGGACACCCAUAAACUGCCACUACACAUUUGCAAUUCUAUAAAACAGUAUAUGGUAAACAUAGAUGUAAUUCCGAGAAUAGUAAAGAUACACUUCCUAAAGAUAAACCAACAGAAGAGAAAGUUGGCGAUACAAAUCGGACUACAGGAGAAGUUAAAGAUAAUAGUGCUACUAAUUUUACUGAUGUCACAAAAUUCAGAUUGCAACGGUUUUGGUGGCCGAAAUUCUAUGCUAAGAACAAGGGUGAUUGGAACUCGUUACGGGAAGCUUCAAGGAAUAAUUUUACCUAUGGAUCAACAUAAAUACUUGAAACCGGUCGAGGCGUAUCUUGGCGUUCCAUAUGCGACGCCACCAACGGGGUCAAACAGGUUUGCGCCAACGCGAGCACCAGCUCCCUGGGAUGACGUAAAGACUGUGGACCAAAUGGGUCCAGUCUGUCCUCAAAGACUGCCUGACAUUUCCAACGAGACCCUGGCUUUGGAGAGGAUGCCCAAAGGCCGGCUGGAGUACUUGAGAAGACUGCUGCCCAGGCUAAAGAACCAGAGUGAAGACUGUCUCUAUAUGAACAUCUAUACGCCUGUUCAAGUCGGACCCACGCUCCAAGCGAAGUAUCCCGUAGUUAUCUUCAUCCAUGGUGAAUCUUUCGAGUGGAACUCUGGCAAUGUAUACGACGGUUCUGUCUUAGCCAGUUAUGGUGGCAUGGUUGUCAUCACUAUUAAUUACAGGCUUGGUAUUUUGGGUUUCUUAAACGCGAAUCCAAUACCUCACCUAAAAGCUCGAGUGGCGAACUACGGGCUGAUGGAUCAGAUAGCAGCCUUGCAUUGGGUGCAACAGAAUAUCGCCCUGUUUGGCGGUGAUGCUGGCAAUGUCACUAUGUUAGGACAUGGCUCUGGGGCCGCUUGUAUUAAUUUUCUGAUGAUUUCGCCUACUGUUAUGCCUGGACUAUUCCAUCGCUCAAUUCUUCUAUCAGGCUCAGCGCUAAGUUCUUGGGCACUUGUCGAGGACCCAGUCAGUUUUUCCGUCCAAUUAGCAAAACAGGCUAACUGCACGCUUCCAGAAGACAUUGUAAAAGACCAUGAGCUCAUAGUAGACUGCCUUAGAGAAGUACCCCUAGAUGAACUAAUGUCUGCAGAAAUUAGUACCCCGAGUUAUCUGACUGCUUUCGGACCUUCAGUAGAUGGUGUGGUAGUCAAAACUGAUUAUGCGAAAGAGCUUCUUACAUUCUUCAUACCAAAUGACCUUCAAGGUUUUUCGAGCGUAUCAGGAGUAAAUAACCUUAAAGCUGAUAAAAGAAGCGGGGAAAGAAUGUUUGGCAUAAGGGGAGGACAAAAUAAGUAUGAUCUUCUCUUCGGAGUGGUAACUAGCGAAGCCCUUUGGAAAUUUUCGGCUCAGGACAUACAAAACGGGUUCGAAGGUGAAAGAAGGGAUAGAAUAAUACGGACAUACGUCAGAAAUGCAUACACAUAUCAUUUGAGUGAAAUAUUCUUCACAAUCGUGAACGAGUACACGGACUGGGAGAGGACCGUUCAGCAUCCAAUAAACACCCGUGACGCAGCAGUAUUAGCUCUCUCAGAUGCUCAAUACGUGGCUCCUCUCGUCCAGACAGGAGACUUCCUGAGCUCUCCAGACACCUCGCCCAGGACCUUCUUCUACGUGUUCGACUACCAGACCAAAGAUGGGGAUUAUCCUCAGCGUAUGGGUUCAGUACACGGCGAAGAGUUACCGUACUUAUUCGGGGCCCCAUUAGUGGAAGGUCUGGGUCAUUUUCCAAGGAACUAUACAAAAUCUGAAGUGGCCCUGUCUGAGGCUUUCAUACUGUAUAUGGCUAAUUUUGCGAGGACUGGAAAUCCAAAUGAAGUUCAUCGGCAAGAAUCAGUGCUGCCAAUAUCACGGGAGAGGAAUAAGUACAAGAGCAUACUGUGGGACGAGUACGACACUCUUUACCAAAAGUAUUUGGAAAUCGGUAUGAAACCGCGGAUGAAAAACCAUUAUAGGGCACAUCAGCUGUCCGUGUGGUUACGCUUGAUCCCGGAAAUCCACCGCGCCGGGAUGAAAGACGUGGUCGCUAAACACAACCUUUUUAGGAACCACAACGACCCUGAGUUGUACGACGGGCUCGUGAGGCCGGACCCACUCACACGGGCGAACUACUUCGACCCUACGAUGGAGCUGUACCGCAAACCGACCUACAACCUCACAUUAGACAUACCGUCCACUACGAUGGACACUUACGUCACGACCUGCAUUAGUGUGAUGUCCGCGCGACCAGGGUCCGCUGUCACACAGAGCCAAGUACCCAACAAUACACACACGCAAGACGUGUCUAACUUAGAGGUGGCAGGCUACACCGCAUACUCCACAGCUCUAAGCGUCACCAUAGCUAUAGGAUGCUCGCUCCUAAUUCUAAACGUUCUUAUAUUCGCCGGUGUUUACUACCAAAGAGAUAAAACAAGACUGCAAGUAAAAGCACUCCAGCAACAACAGAAAAGGAACCAUAACUCAACGUUCGAUAGCGUAUCGUCGAAGCAUCCCCAUUACUUCGUCGGACACUCGCAAAGCUCGAGCACGAUUGUAGACAUCGAUCAUCAGGACAAAAACGCGAUAAUCGCAAUGACAAAUCGAGUUCCCCACUUCACUACAGCGAACUGCCCGAACGUUUGUCACACCGGGAUACAAAUGUCGAAUUUGUCGCAGAAAUCGAGCCCGCCAACAAAUAGGGGACAAUGUACGACGUUGCCGAGGAAAGUGGGGUUCAGUUAUCAGCAGAAUCAGAUAUGUAAUGCGUCCAAUUGUAUGACGCUACCUAAGAACGCGACUUUUAUGAGCAGUGCGGGGAAUUUGCCUGACGUGCAAGCUCAGACGGGGCAGUCUCAAGGGCCCGGCAACGGAUCUGUGCUCCCCCCGCCGUCUUCGCCCCCCUCCCAGCACUUCUCGCAGUCUCGGGUUCCGCAGGCGGCGAUGUCUGAAAUGAACGUAUGAGACAUGGAAGAUAUUUACAAUUAUGUGUAAAGUGACGAUCGGAACAUUGAGUGAGUGUCACGGGACAAGCCAUGGUUGUAAAUAUCGAACUAAAGCAGUGUAUAUACGAUGUUAACUUUAUGUAAUAAUUAUGUAAUACAGGUAACGUUUUAAGUAUUCAUAGGUGUAAUUAUUGUAAUUAUAGGUUUCGGAAUAAAUUGUAAUUUUUUUAAAGGAUAAUCAAAUUUUUCAGAGAUCGAAAUAAACGAAUCUGUAAAUUUUGUCAUUUUCGUUGAUCAUGUAAAUAUAAUUAUUGUAAUAUCAUCGCCAUUCAAAAUGGAUGACAGAGGAGAAAAAAAUUAUAAAGUCUUCAACCUCCUUAUGGAUAAAAAUUCAAUCGACGUUGAAAAUUCUGAAAUGAACUCUAAUGACGAAUUUUGUGUUGGGUAAAUCAAAUCAUGCAGCAAAAAUUAACAUAUUGUUACGUCACUUAGUACCGUCAUUGAAAAUGACUAUUGUAAAUAAAUUAGAAUCUUAAAGACUGUAUACUUACAAUAAGAUAAUCUCAGUUUAAAGGGCCAUGUGACACAGACCAUUAACUUCGUUUUUUGCGUACUUUCUUUAGAAUGCCAAAGUGUCAGCAUUAGGAAGUUUUUAAAACUGCGAAUUAUCCUUAUUUUCCUGUCUAAGUACGUGCUUGGAACUUUCUUGAGUAAAAAAAGAAUUUUAUUUCAUUUAUACGACGAACCUAACAGAGUAUUAAAUUGAGUGCCUAGAAAAGAAGAAAAAGUAUAAUAAAACACAAAGGAGAAUGUUUGAAGGAUAUCAUUCUUGAAUUUGUUGAAGAUGUUAAAAUGUAUUUAGUUCUUUCUUUUUUUAUGAACGUUUAGUAUUAGCUUUGUCCAAGCAAACAUUUAUUACUUCAAACCUACGCGCUUUUACUUACUUUUACGCGUUCUUAUUUUAUCUUAAAAACAUUUCAUAGAAAAUCAAGCACGUUCUUAAACCUACAUGUUUUAUGUACCACAAAAUAACAACAAAAUCAAAAAGUAAAAUCUACUUACAACAAACACGAGAGUCCUUCAAUUCAUGCAUAAAUAAAAUCUCUCAAAGUACAAUCCCCAUUUAUAACAUUCGCAUUCUCUUUAAAAGAAUCGUUCUCAAACAAUACAUGAUUAAAACGUCUCCGAAACGUAUUUACAAUUUCGAAUAAAAGAAAAUUGUUAAACGGGAAAAGAACAUCAGUGUUGUCAUCAAUGUAAAAGUGUUCGCAAGACUGGAGUUGGUCGCCAUUUUGUUUUUCUCGUGUGCAUCGGCUUACGAAAUUUUGACGCAAUCAUGUGUUGAAUUUUGGACAGCUUUACAAAUUGGUUUUUACAUAACAUUUAGCUUAGUAGUAGGAACUUUCUAAAUAACGAUAGUUUUCGAUGGUCUUUCUCAACGAGCCAAAAGCUUUUGAGAAAAUCUGUCAUCAAUUUUGUCCUCAAAUUCGGCAGAUUAAGACUUUAAUGACAACAUAAUUCACUUCAACAUGUUAUUGCUAUUAAUUCCGUCACUGGUGACCCCUAUGCAGCUUUAGCUGCCCUGAUAGCUGAAUUUAACUUUUCAUACAAACUGCGUCAAAUCUACUAUCACAACCAAAUCAGAGUACGCAGGCUUAACACGAAUAUUAGUACGCUCACCAGUAUUUUCAGCAAAAAACCUGAACACAUUUUCAUACAUACCCGGAUCAGUGAAAAAAUAUAUGAAAAAAUAUUUUGCGCUGCGAAUCAGAGAGGCUUUAAUAUCAACACGCUGGGUUUAUGAGGUCAGGAAAUCUAGCUAUAAACUAGCUUCGUGGAGCCCGUUGAAUGGGCGAGAGUGUGAGGUUCGAGGUCGUAUGUACAUUGUACAUGUUACAUACAUUCGAACGAUUUAGGGCUUACGCACGACCAAUUUUUGGUUGAGUUACUGCUUCCAUGUUAUUGUAAAAUUUUACUUUGUCACGAACGUUGUUUGGUUAGUGGUUUCGUUUUGUGGAAAAUUGUUUUAUGGUCUUAAGUUUAAUGCUAUUGAUUCUCCUAACUACGCAUACUUUCUUACAAGCCAUGCUCUGAUGUGAUGUUGAUAGACACUUUGUAGAAACUCUACAGUGUUUUCUAUGUAAAACGAAUGUUUAUAGUAAAAAACA